AUGAUGGUUUCCACUAAUACCGCUGCUCAGAGCGCAUCUGAUCUGGAAGAUGCGCUCGAUACUCUCUUCGGCCGUAUACUCAAGCAACUCGCAGAGACAGACGUGUUCAGCAAGGCCGAAGCACCGAGUCUCUUUGUCGUGUAUGCUCACGACAACAAAGCCUAUGGCACUGCCAACGCUUCAUGCGUGAUAGAGCUUAUCAAAUGGCUUCAUGAUAUCCGGUCUCGGACGGUUUCUGACCGAGCUCCACUUCCUCUACUCUAUUCACGAACUGGAGGAUCUGAGUCCGUCAGGAAUAUUCUCUCUAAUCAAUUCUGCUUACUUCCGGAGAAAGACGCCUCUAGUGAAGAUGGCACAGUCAAUCGUGUGGACAAAGUCAUCGUUUGUGGAGCUGAAGUACUGCGACGAUACUACCGUGACCCUUUCACAACUCCGUAUCUCGAAGCGGUCAAGAAAGCCUACGAGGACGCGCAAACCAAGUCAACUCCCAUGAUGGCGACGGAAAAGGCUAUCAGAAAUGUAGUGGAAGCUCAUUGCAAGAACCCUCGUUUUCACCAUGUCAUCACAGAGCUUGCAUUUCUUGAGCUCCGAAGCACCCAUCAUAAGGAACGAAACAGUAUCAUACCACUUGCGCUUGACGAGGAUCUGAUGGGUUGGUUGCCAUUCAGAGACAACUGCGAUCUUGUUACAAAGCUCAAGUCUACCGCCAAACUUCAUCGGCAUCAGCUCUUCUUCAAGCUUUUGAAUCAGAUCUACAGCGAGGAGCAUUGUUUGAUCAACCAUUACAAGGACUGCUACGACAGAACCGCCGAUCAGCUACGAAGCAUUUCGCGUGAUAUGGUCUGUCAUGAAGUCGACAGAGAAAUCAGCAAAACCCAACGAAUCCUCGCUGACGUUGAGAACGCUGCUCUUCGAGGCCGACGACGAGAUAUGGAUAAGAUGGAGAGUACCAGAGCACACCAUGAAACCAUUCGCGACGUCAAGCAGGGCUUAAAGUCUAUCACUGCUGAUAUCGAGGCGCGCUCACAUGAUAAAGCGUUCACUGACGUAGCCAAUUGGAUAUCAGCCUCUCCAUACUGGCUUCACCACCAAUCGGUGUCAGACAAGGUGAUGCCAGGCUCAUGUUCAUGGAUCUCAAACCAUCCAGACUAUACAGACUGGCAUGACUCAAAGACCUCUUUGACUCUACUUGUCCAAGGCGUUAGGGGCUGUGGAAAAUCCUCUAUGUUCUCGGUGGUGGUUGAUCAGUUACGGCAGCAGCGUCAAGGCAAAUUAUCUGUCGCCUACUAUUACUGCUCAAACACCAUAUCAGAGCCCGAUCGCGCGAACCCAGAUGCCAUACUAAGAAGCAUACUGUUCCAGGUGGCGGUCAACCGAGACAAUGGUAUCAUCGAUCCAGUCAUCAUCUCUGAGUAUGGGAAAUUAGACAAUGGCGGCCCAAACUCGGUCAAACUAGGAGCUGCCAGCUGCUUGCGACUCCUCCAGCAACUCCAAAUGAACAAGACAACCAUCAUAGCCCUGGAUGCCAUCGAUGAGCUGGCAAAGCCUGACCGUGCAGAGCUGAUUCAAGCUUUGGAACGCCUGGUAGAAGACUCGCAGGGUAUCAUCAAAGUUAUUAUAACAAGCCGCAAUGACGUCCAGAUCAAGAAGUUAUUCCCGACUGCACUGACCAUUGAGGUGUCACCUCAACUCAACUGCAGGGAUAUCGGGAGCUUUGUAGAUAUGAAGUUAGCUUCAGCUGUUCGCAGUCGGACUCUACUUCUGGGAAAUGUAUCGGAGAUUCUACUAGGAAGGAUACGCGAAUCCUUACUAGCCGGCGCCCAAGAAAUGUUUCUAUGGGUUGAGCUUCAACUCGAGCUCCUGACACGAAAAGAAGCGGAGAUGGAUGUGGUCAAGGCUCUCGAUGCCGGACUUGCUACAAAUCUGGAUCGCCUCUACGAUGAGACCUUUAGAUCACUCCAAGCCUUGGACGAUACCGCAAAAGCCAUGGUGAAAUGUCUUUUCUGUUGGGUUCUAUAUGCAAAGUGCCCAUUGACAAUCGACGCCCUUAGCAAUCUUCUCAGGCUACAUCUCAGACAUUCCCAGGAAGUCCGCCUACCCGAUCUUUCGGCUGUUUGCCUGAACAUGGUGGUCAUCGAUGCUGCGACGCAGACACUUCGCUUCUGUCACCCUUCAGUUCGCGACUACAUGUGUGGUCAGGACAUGUUCUCGGAGCCUAUUGGCAAUCGUCUGAUAGCAGAAGCUUGUCUCAAACAGUGCUCUCAAGGCCCUGGUCCAGUUCCGCUCCAUGCUUCAGUCCUGGAUGCUAUUUACGACCCUAGUGUAUACGCAGGAUUGUACUGGCCUCAACAUCUAGCCGCAUCUGAAUCGGGUGAGAAACUACCUUCCACACUUUCUGGGCCUCUGAGAGACUUUGUCCAAGAUGAUGAAGAAGAAGGACAAGAAGAAGGACUAGGCUACGCCUUUGUCUGGUGGCUGGAUUGGAUCAGACAUGUUAUGAGGAUUAUUUCUCCAUAUCAUCCACUAAAGAUGACACACGAAUGUAUCUUGUCUGACAGUCGACCUUCUGCCACCUUCACAGCUGCUGUCUUCGGCUUAACAAGUCUAAUGGAUUUGCUCAUUGAUGAAGGCACAAAUCUUGACAUCAAUGAGAAAGGCAGCACCGGCCAUACACCGCUUUACCUUGCUUGUCUUUUCGGCAACAGCGCUGUAGCUACCAGUCUACUCAGCCUUGGCGCAGAUGCAAAUAUCAUAUGCGGCAGCUUCGGUAACGCUUUACAAGCCGCCUCUUUCAGAGGAUAUGUUGAUGUUGUUGAAGCCCUGUUGAACCAUGGAGUUUCACCAAAGUCUAGUGCUUCACCUUUCAAAAAUGCCCUUGACGCUGCAUGCGAGGCCUCUCAAACCCGGGUGGCAUUACUGCUGGUUACAAAGUCCUCAUUGAUCGAGACGGCGACAGAAUACGACGAAGCACUCACAAUGGUUACCGAUGCUGCUCUUUUCAGCGUUGUCGAAUACUUGACCAAGGCGUCUGUAGCACGGAGCUUCGGCCGACAGGCGGCCAACACUGAGCACGAUGGUCGACUUGUUCUUGCUAUGAUCAAAAAGGGUCGCGUUGAUAGCUUACGCUCUCUGUUGGCUUCUCAGCCAGCCAUGAAGAACCGGAUACCGGAUGAUGCAAUUGCAAUUGCUGCGCUGAGAGGACAUGUCGAUAUGCUUGAUCUUCUUCGUGAUAUCGGCUUAGAUCUUGAAGCCGAGGGCAAGUAUGGGUCACCACUACGAAGUGCAAGCUUACAGGGUGAUCUUCAUAUUGUGAAACGCCUUCUCAAACUGGGAGCAAGCCCAACGGCAAAAUGUUCGAAAGGCGAUGCUCUCCAAGCGGCGUGUAGCCAAGGCCACAUCGCCAUAGUACAGCUUCUGAUAUCCUACAAUGCCAAUGUCAAUCAACAAGGUCCUCCAAGGGGAUCUCCAAUCCAGGCAGCCGCUUGGUACGGUCAUCAAUCAGUGGUCGAACUACUCGUCGAUGAGAACGCACAGAUCUACUGCGAGACUUACAAGUUCAAAGAUGCUCUACAUGCCGCCGUGGAAGGUGGCCAUGACGAAAUUGCUUCAUUCUUGCUGGAAAACCACCCGCCGCCUCCUGGCACAGUCUUACCCGCUGUGGCACGAGGCGAUCACCGUGACAGGUUUUGGUUCUCCGAGCCUGGUCCAACAGAGCGGCGGCUUCGGGAUGAAAGUCCACACCCUGAGGAUACCGAUGAGGAGGACGAAGUUGAAAACACUACAAAACCUGACGACGACCAACAACUAGACCCAGGCUUUGGUCAGGCUAGUCAGAAUCCCUUAGCCCUUGCAUCGAGUAUUGGCAAUAUUGCUACAAUACGACAAGAGCUACAAGCGAAGGAGGUCGAUCAGGAAACCAUCUCGGAAGCAUUCGUCGUUGCUGCUGCAAACGGGAAACUUGAAGCUCUCAAGGUACUGAUAGAGUAUGGCCUAAGGCACGUUGAAGAUAUCACAAGUCCAAAGGAAGAUAGCCUUAUCGCUAGCUUGAGAUACAAGCAAACAGAGUCAUACGACUUGUUAUUAGAAUCACUAGGCGGAGGUGUUUCUGUAAUUGCCUGGUGUCGGGCACUCAAAAAUGCAUCGAGUGUUGGGACUGAAAGCAUCAAGAAAGUCAUUGAACUGGAUAUCCUUCCUUGGACACGAGAGAGCGCCGAGGAGCUCGCCAUGCCCCUUCGCUAUGGGAACCCAGAUCAUGUCUACACGAAUCCUGUUCCUGCUUGUGGAGAUAUAAUCGAGGAGUUGUAUUCUUCGGGGCGAAAGGAACCAGUGAACAUGAUAUGGGACUGGCUUUUGGAGCGGGGGCCUAAGACACUGAAGGUGACUCACAAAGAAUGGGAAUCGCUGCUUCACGUUGCAGCACGUUAUGCUGAUGCUGAGGUCCUGGGUCCUUGUUGUGCAUUGCAAGGAGAAUGCUUCGACUCCCUAUACCAUCCCAAAGUAUCUUCGGCAGAACUACUCAGUAGCGCUUGCAAGGGCAAGAAUGAUGCUACCUUUGGCCAUUUGCUACACCUGGCUCGUCAAGAGUCAUGUUCUGAGGAACAGGUUAAACCAGCUUAUUUAGAAGCUUGUGCCCAAGGGUAUAUCCACGCUGUUUUGGAGUUGUGCAGGGACGAUGGCGAUCCAUUCAUUGACUUCGAGAACUUCAAUCUAGGCAUAGUCUCUGCAUCCGGAGCUGGUCACGCGGAGUUGGUAGUCAAGAUGAUAAAUCCCGCCGAAGACGAGAGCGUCAUGAACACAAUCGAAACUGCCUUGCUUAGCGCAGCUGGAGCUGGGAAGAUUCAAGUCAUCACUAAGAUCCUCGAGGGUACAGAGAUCAGGAGUGUAAAUGAUUUCGAGUAUAUCAUGGAUCGAACUUUGGUUACUGCUUGUGAGAUGGGGCACUUGGACAUCGUCGAAUUGUGUGUUAAUGAAGGCGCUGACGUUGACUCAACUGUCGCUAGGGCACCGUCUAGUGUGGUGCCAGCCUUCAGGGAAGAUGAGCCCCAACUACGGCGUGGCAGCUUAGGAGCACGUCCUGUGUGGCUAGCACCUCCAAUUGCUCACCGAUACCCACGUCCGACACAGACAGACUUUCCAGGCCCGAGUUUGGUGGAAGAAGACGAUGACGAUACAUGGGAAGACGAUGGAGGGUCUAUCGACGAGGACGAAGGCGUGGAGCAGGAAGAAGAAGACUUAACAGAUGCACUCCAAGCCAGCAUCCUAGCUUUCAGACGCAUCCUUCGUCACGAAGGUAUGCCUGGAUUCGACUUUGAUCCAUCGGAGUGGGCCCCAAGAGCCAUGCAGCAGUUGAGUGUGGUAUUAUUAAUUGUGGAGAAUGCUCCCAAUCUCCAUAUUGACACCAAACUUCCCAAUCAUCCGCUACGGCUUGCAGUCGAGUUUGCAACUGAUGAAGUUGUGAAAGGUUUGCUGGACAAUGGCGCGGCUGAUGGGUUCAGCUCUGACCAGUUGAGAGACCUAAUGCUGGUGGCUGCUGAACGAAGGAUCCUAAUCGGCGCCCGUAUCAUUCUGGAGAUUCUCACUUGCGAUCGCCAAUUAACCGUGCCAAUCAAUUAUGACAAUAAGGUACAUCCCGCGAUCCUGGAACUAAUGCGAUCGAUUGUCGAGUCACUGUACGACCCAUACGCAAGGAGGGAUAUCUUUUCCAAGAGCGGCAUGAUACCCUCUGAAAAGGUAGCAAAGGUUUACAUGAACGGUGGAUUACAGCAACUAGUCAGUGCCAUAUUCCGAAAACUACCUGGACAAACAGCAAAGGAUGGUGUCUUUGGGGAUGUCCUCCAUGUAGCGGCUGCAGCUGGUGACCUGGCCACUGUGAAGCUACUCAUCAAACAUCACGUCGAUGUCAAUCACCUGAGACAUUAUUUCCAUACGCCCCUUGGAGCGGCAGCAGAGUUUGGACACUGUCAGGUUCUCAAGGCUCUUUUGAGAGCCAAGGCACAUGUUCAUCCUAAGUGCAUGGCACAUGGACUUUUCGGUAACCAGGAACCGGCGAUGAAGGCUAUUGUAGGAGGUCAGACUCAGGCUUUGAAUACACUGGCUGACGGUGGACUUGAUCCCAAUGUCGAUGCUGGGGAUACUUCGCUGCUGGUUUUUGCGGUUGAGUCCCAGAUCGCGGCUAUGGUGAAGGUCUUGCUCGGAGCUAGAGCCAAACCGGACGAUCAUCCUCUGGCCCUGGUCACUGCCGCUCAUGAUGCCGACUUGGAGAUGGUAAGAUAUCUUCUCAACGCUGGAGCGAACCCGAAUUCUCUUGCUAUUUUUGGAAACACUGUUCAUGAACAGCAUCUUUGCAGUCCUCUCUACAUAGCAUGCGAGAAUGGCCGGGCCGAUGUUGUGGACCUGCUGUUGGAGCGAGGUGCUGACGCAUCCGGAGAUUCCGGAGAUCGCGACGGCCUGCCUCUGGUUGUGGCAGCCCGUGUAGGUCAUGUGGAUAUCGUCAAAGCUCUGUUGAGCAAGAGAUGUUGGCCAACUCAACGAUCAAGGGGUCUGGAUGGACUCUGUCAUAAAAAUAAGAAUGCGUUCGCACGUCAACUACAACUGAGAGAUCACGAACUCCAGUAUGGCGGACUGUCAACUCGCGGACCUCCAAUUCAAGCCGAGAAGGCCAGUAUUGAGUCAAAUGGCGAUGGCUUCCUGAAUGCCAUAGAGGCUGCAUGUGCUGGAGAGCUUGGCAUCCGAACAAGCUCACAAAUUGUCCGGGCUCUUCUCGACACAUUCAACGACCCGAAAACGAAACAUGAUGCAUGCUUAGAGGCCUUGCAGCACGUUUCCAAAACACAGAACUCCCGCCUCUUUGAAGAGCUGGUGGACUUGGUUCCUCUUGACACUGCCAUCCUGGAACUAUCGUGUCGCUGUGGUUCAAAAUCAGUCGUGGAAAGAAUAGUCCACCAUGAGAACAUUCCCAUGACUGAUUUAAAGGCUCUACUUGGGAUAGCCGUGGCUUAUGAGCACACAGACCUAAUCUUGUUCUUGGUUGAGGAGUGCAUGCAGAAAGAUUCCAUCGACUUGAUCAAACUGGCAGCCUCUAUCUUGGAAGCUUACGCGUGGUCAACGGCGACCAAGCACAAGAGCAUUACCAGUUGUGAGGAGACAGUCGAAAGCCUUUUAAGGCUACCUGAAGGGCUGUCUUCAAACCAAGAAUACCUGGACCGAGCUCUCACCCUGGCUUGUUACAUCGGCAGCGUCAAGGUCGCCAGCGCACUAAUUCAACUUGGCGCAAGGCCCAACGCACAAGUAGAAUUAACUCAACUUCAACCUGCUCAUAUCUCUUCACCACUACUGGCCUCCGUUACGGGCAAUCAUUCAGGCGUCCUGAAGGUACUUCUAAAGUGGCUCUCUCAGCACUUGAAUGAAAGGGAACUACAACUGUUGGUAAGGCCGGUAUUUCAAGACCAUUAUGAAGGUAUGAAGCCAGCUCUGCUUCAAACCUUCUUUGACUUUGUUGUGGAAUUUGCAGGGUUAGAGAUGGAGAGUUAA